AAGUAAAAAUGUAAUGUAACAUAAAGCUAAGAAGCUAAAAAGCAUUUACUUUUCGCACGAAUUCUUAUUAGAUAUACGUAUAAAAAUGAAAAGUGUAAAAGAGGAUGGUUGUAACCUUACAACAUCCUCAAAGAGAAUAUUUUCUCCAGUUAAAUUGUCGUCACCUAAUUCAUAUCACGGGAAAAAUUUGACAGGAAUAGCACGUCAUGUACGUGAUUUAGCUGCAGAUAUCCAUGCAAAUAUACAACAAUGGAAUACUCUUCAUCUUCAAGGAAUAACUUGUAUAAAAACUAUAACUCAAGAGAAACAAACCAAAAAUUAUUAUUCCAGGACUUUACAAGAUUUGUGUGACAAUUUAGAAAGUAUUUGCGAUAGUCUGGAUGACAAAGUUAGAAAUUUGGAUCGAAUCAAACAUCAGCUGAAAGCUGUAGCAACUUUACAGAAAACUUCAGAUAAAUUAUUUAUAACAUGGCCAACAAACAAAUUUGGUAAUGUAGCAGAAACCAUAUAUGAAGCAUAUCACAAGGAAGCUAAGUUAAAACGCAAAAUACUUGAAAAUGUUGCUCAUAAUCAUACUGCCUCUUGGAAAAUGCUUCAUCUUGCAGCAUGGCAAUAUCAACCUUUAUUGUCUGAAAACGUGACGAUAUUAUUAGAAUCCUUACUCCUGGAGACUGGCCACAGAUUAUUGCGAUAACAAUUUUUAAGAUCAUGGACACAUCCUAUUGUGGUAUCACAUUCUGUUUGUUUAUGCACAGAACAACUAACACUUAAAUUCGUCUCAACGUCAUUUGAAAUGUCAUCCAGCAUGUUUCCGGUUUUGCUCCAUUCUUACUACCUUAGUAUGUG